UAGUUAUAUAACAAUCAUACGCUGAGUAUUUGUGACAUUUAAACAUGUUUCUCUGGUUGAUAUCUGUAGCUGCUUUGCUUGGCCUUGUCUUCCGCUAUCCUUACUUCUUCCAGGAUGUCCAAUACGUCCUAAAUAAAUUGAAAGUAAGGCGCCGCGUCCUCGCCUACAUGAAGACGAAUUACACCAUCCUGGAUCGGUUUUUAGACGUGGCGCAGACUCAUCCACACAAGCCGUUCAUCCAUUUCAAAGAUGAGACUUUUUCCUACAGAGACGCGGAUGAGCUCAGUAACAGAGCCGCCAGAGUCCUCCUGCAGACCGGACGCGUUAAAGAAGGGGACACGGUGGCGCUGUUGGUCGGGAACCAGCCCAUGUUCCUGUGGCUCUGGUUGGGUUUGGUGAAGCUCGGGUGUUCCGCAGCGUUUCUCAACUCCAACAUCAGGUCCAGGUCUCUGCUGCACUGCUUCAGCUGCAGCGGAGCGAAGACUCUGGUGGCUGCUGAAGAGUUACAGGAUGCUGUGGAGGAGGUCCUGCCCAGUCUGUUGGAGCAGCAGGUGACUGUUUUCAUCCUGGCUGACAGAUGCAAAGCUGCAGGUGUGGAGAGCUUCAAAGACAAGAUGAGCCAGGUCUCCUCUGAGCCUCUGCCAAAGGAUUUAAGAUCGCAUUUAACCCUGCAGAGUCCGGCUGUCUAUGUGUACACAUCAGGGACGACAGGUCUCCCCAAAGCGGCUGUGAUCACUCAUAGCAAACUGUGGGCCAUGUCUUUUCUUCAGUCUAUAUCAGGAGUGACUGCCAAAGAUGUGGUUUAUAUAAGCCUCCCUCUUUAUCACGCUGCCGGCUUCAUUGGAUUCACCGCAGCCAUCCAGAUGGGUAUCACUGUUGCUUUGAAGAGUAAAUUUUCAGCCUCUCAGUUCUGGGACGACUGCAGAAAAUACAACAUCACUGUCAUACUGUACAUUGGAGAAAUUAUGCGGUAUCUCUGCAACACACCAAAGAAACUCAGUGAUCGAAACCACAAAGUGAGACUCGCAAUGGGCAACGGGAUCAGACCGGAUGUUUGGAAAGAUUUCUUAUGCAGGUUUGGAAACAUUAAAAUCAGAGAGUUUUACGGAGCAACAGAGGGGAAUUUUUCUCUGAUGAAUUACAGCGGCAAGAUUGGAGCCAUCGGUCGAGACACCUUUUUCAACAAGAGGUUUUAUCCCUACGCUGUGAUCAAAUAUGACGUAGACAAAGGAGAACCUCUGAGGGAUUCAUCUGGUUUCUGCAUAGAAGUUGCCAAAGGUGAACCUGGACUUCUGGUGUCUGAAAUAUCAGUGAGAGCUCCGUUCAGUGGUUACACCAGAGACCUGCAGCAGACUGAGAAGAAGCGGCUGCAUGAUGUCUUGAAGAAAGGAGACCUGUACUUCAACACCGGAGACCUGGUGCUCAUUGACAAAGAUGAUUUCAUUUACUUUCAGGAUCGUGUUGGAGACACUUUCAGAUGGAAAGGAGAGAACGUUUCUACGACUGAGGUGGCUGACGUCAUCACGCUGGCCGACUGCAUUAAAGAAGUCAAUGUGUAUGGAGUUGAAGUGCCAGGUUCAAUCUGGCUCUCCUAGUGGACUGAGUCUCUCAGUGAAUCCCACCCCCUGAACUGGGUCAUAGUUUAUGUAAAGCUGCCAAGGACGGGUGGGCAACAGAGAGGGUGAAGUUCAAAUAAGUGAACUGUGACCUGGAUGGGAUACAACAAAUGUGCAGCAUGAAUAUCAAACGCACCUGGCAUGUUAUGACCUACAACUCUAUUCAGAGGGGAAGUAAACUGAAUUUACAACAAUGACAGCAGACGCUAAACUUCAUUCACGGUGUCAGAACAAGUAACCUGAGCUCAAGCACCCAAUUGUGGCAGGUGUAAGCAAUACCUGGUCUGUUCAGUCUGGCUGAAACCCGAAACUGACCACCCGUUUCCCCAGGACCACCACCCGGUCUAUAUUUAAAGGGGACUCAAGCAUUUUAAUAUUAAAGAUCCCCUCCACACAGGUCAAGAGGCCACAGGCUCAUACAAGGGACCGUCUCUCAACUUAAGGAGAAAACAAAGUUAAUUUAUUUUAGGAAAAUACAACAAAAUAUUUAAGAGAACCCCCCCCCCCCUUAGUAGAUGAAUGUGAAAACAGCCUUCUAGUGUCAAACUCUGCUCAUACAUCAUGCUGCUCUGUGAAGCUCAGACAUUCAACUGAGGGAACAAGAAGGAAAAACACAUUUUUGAGUGAAAGGUGACAGCUAAAAAAAGAGGACUUGCAAAAGACAAAUUCAUAGAAGAGAGGUCAGAAACUGUGCAAGAGGGAGAGAGAUGUGUGCUGAGUACGGAUCAAGCUC